AUGGGGGGAAAGACCAAAUCCCCUGGGCAGACGUUGCUCACAGCUUUGCCAUUCUCUUCCGAGAUCAUGUCCUACAAAGUACCCGGCGACUUUAAAUUUCCGGAACAAGCCACCUUCGACGGAUCCGGAGACCCACGCGAACAUCUGCUUAGCUAUCAAGCCAAAAUACAGGUCUUGGGAGUGCGAGACCCGGUGAUGUGUCGCGCCUUUUUGCCCACGCUGAAAGGCUCAGCACAAAGGUGGUUAGUGGCGCUGCCUUCCAAGUCGAUCCAUAGUUUCGAAGAAUUGGCCGACCGCUUCAUGAGCCACUACGGGGCCAACAUCAAGCCUCAGAAGGACCUGACUCACCUGGGAGACGUUCACCAAGAGGAAGGCGAAUCUCUGAAAACCUAUCUAGCCCGCUGGCAGAAGGAAAUUCAGUCUAUAGAGGAGGUCGAAGAUCAGACUGCGCUCACCUUUUUCAUCGAGUCUUUACGAUCCGGGCAAUUGUACCGGGAUCUGCGGGACAACCGCCCGGCCACCUACGCGGAAGCCAUACAUAUGGCCAACAAGAGGGCCAACACGGAGCAAGCCAUGAAGCACAAACGACAACGCAAGGUCGGAGGAUCCGCCGGCGGGAAGAGAACGCGAGCCGAAACGAAGGAAAGGCGCCCGGAAGUGACCCGGCGACCAGAUGUCAGACGACCAUACGACAAGCCCGUCGCACACCCUUACCGGCCGGUUCCCGAACGGCCAGUACAUGAGAUACAAGCAGUCGCUCCUCCUCCGCCUUCGCCGACUGACGACCACGCGAUAAGCGAUGAGGCAGGUAAGACCUCUAAAUACUGUCGUUACCACAAGUCUUAUACUCACAGCACGGAAGAGUGCUUCUAUUUGAGGAAGAUCAUAGAAGGUAUCCUCCAGCAAGGGACCCCGCCUCCUAAUCAGUGGAGGCGGAGGUCGGCUACUCGGGGAGACGGGGAUCCCACCGCCGCCGCGGAGAGCAGCCGGGGCAAGCAGCCGGCUUCUGAAGAGGACGAAGCCCAGUGGCGUCAAAAUCCAGUUAUUAACAUGAUAGUCGGCGGGCCCGAGGGCGGCGACUCGGCGAAUACCAGAAAGGCCUGGGCUCGACAGCUAUACGUCGGGACGAUAUACGGGCGUGAAGAAAGCUCGAAGAAGGCGUGCCGAAAACCGAUCACGUUCACUGACAAAGAUCUACCCGUGGGAGAGACAUCGCAUCGGGACGCAUUGGUUAUAGCGAUGGAUGUGAAUGGAGUGGUUGUUCGGCGAAUCCUGGUCGACACCGGAAGCAGCGUCAACGUGCUUUACCUCGAGACUUUCACCAAAAUGGGAUUGACCCGAGAACAGCUGAACCCCGUCAAAACUCCACUCGCCGGUUUCACAGGGGACUCGGUGGAGGCAGAAGGAUCCAUCACUCUACCAGUCGAGAUUGGCAGUUAUCCCGACGUACAGAAACUCAGUAUGAAGUUCAUCGUGGUGAAUCUGGCCUGUUCGCAUAAUGCUAUACUCGGCCGGCCAGGUCUGGAGGAUCUAGGAGCCCUGAUUUCUAUCGAGCACCUUUGCUUGAAGUUCCGCACGCCCAAUGGGAUAGGGACGGUGCGUUGCGACAGGAGAGUCGCCCGCAACUGUUACCUACAAGCCUGUAGAGGAAUGGGCAAGCGUGAGAUGUAG